CACGUGCCCUGAGGGAUAUAUAUGUCUAAAGGCUGGGGAAAAUCCUGACCAUGGUUACACAAGCUUUGAUACUUUUGGCUGGGCCUUUCUCUCUUUGUUCCGUCUUAUGACUCAAGAUUAUUGGGAACGUCUUUAUCAACAGACUCUCAGAUCUGCUGGGAAGAUCUACAUGCUUUUUUUUAUGCUGGUCAUCUUCCUGGGCUCAUUUUAUCUGGUCAACCUGAUUCUGGCUGUUGUGGCCAUGGCGUAUGAAGAGCAGAACCAAGCCACUAUUGCCGAAACAGAGGAGAAGGAAAGAAAGUUUCGGGAAGCCAUGGAGAUGUUAAAGAAAGAGCAGGAGGCACUAGCUGCUAAAGGUAUUGAUUCAAUGUCACUUAGUUCAUUGGAAAUGUCACCUUUAGCAUCCAAAAAUGCCAAGGAAAGAAGAAAUAGGCGAAAGAAAAAGAAAUCUUUGGCGGCAGAAGAGUAUGGAGAAGACCAAAGGAAUCCCAAGUGUGACUAUGACGAUGGUCAGAGGAGAAUGACUCUCCUUGGCAUUAGUUAUGGUCCCAGUGCAAACUUGGUGAAGCGCAGAACCAGCCACGGAAGCAUAUUCAGUUUCCGACUCCGUGGCAGAGACACUGGCUCCGAAACAGAUUUUGCCGAUGAUGAGAUCAGCACUGCUGGGGAAAAUGAAAGCCACCGGGGCUCUCUCUUAAUUCCAAGAUCUGGGAGGCGUCCGAGCGUGCAAAGUCAAGUGAGCCAUAGUUCUCACCCUACUACUCCCAACUACACCCAGACGGGCAAAAGGAACAGCUCAGUGGAUUGCAAUGGUGUGGUUUCCCUGAUAGGAGGAGGCACCGGGGCACUCAACCCAGACCCUACUUCUCCUGCAGGGUUACUGCUCCCCCCAGUUAUUAUGGAAAAACCUGGGACAGGCGACCUGACCUCUCCCUCGGACGAGGCAAGCAAGAAGCAGUUUUUAAUGCCCCACCGCCCGUCGGUGGAUCACUCGGACGAACCCUUUCAGAGGCAGAGGGCAGUGAGCGCUGUCAGCAUCAUCACCAGUGCCCUGGAAGAGCUUGAGGAAUCACACCAGAAAUGUCCUCCCUGCUGGAACCACUUUGCUGUUAAAUUUCUCAUUUGGGAUUGCUGCCCCCUUUGGCUUUUAAUCAAGAAAUUUGUCAAGUUUGUGGUAAUGGACCCAUUUACCGACCUCACCAUCACCCUUUGCAUCGUGCUGAACACGUUCUUCAUGGCCUUGGAGCAUUAUAAGAUGACAAAGGAGUUUGACCACAUGCUUUACAUAGGCAAUUUGGUCUUCACUGGGAUUUUUACAGCAGAAAUGAUCUUCAAAGUAAUUGCCCUUGACCCCUACUACUAUUUUCAGCAGGGCUGGAAUAUUUUUGACAGCAUAAUUGUUAUUCUAAGCCUGAUGGAACUGGGUUUGUCCAGCAUGGGAAACCUGUCUGUUUUACGCUCCUUUCGACUGCUGAGAGUCUUCAAAUUGGCAAAGUCCUGGCCGACCUUAAAUACGCUCAUUAAAAUCAUUGGUAAUUCAGUGGGUGCCCUCGGUAACCUCACUCUUGUGCUGGCAAUCAUCGUCUUUAUUUUUGCCGUGGUAGGAAUGCAGCUUUUUGGGAAAAGCUACCUGGACAAUGUGAAGAAGAUAAGCACAACCGGCAAUUUGCCACGGUGGCACAUGAAUGAUUUCUUCCACUCGUUCCUCAUCAUCUUCCGAAUUUUGUGUGGGGAGUGGAUCGAGACCAUGUGGGACUGCAUGGAAGUAGCUGGGCAGCCGCUGUGCCUUCUUGUCUUCUUAUUGGUCAUGGUGAUAGGAAACCUGGUGGUGCUCAACCUAUUCCUUGCCUUGCUGCUAAGCUCUUUCAGUGCUGACAACCUCUCCGCACCAGAUGAGGACGGGGAGAUGAACAACCUGCAGCUUGCUUUUGCUCGGAUCAACAGGGGUCUUCAGUACGUGAAACACACGACGUGGGAUUUUUGCUGCAAUGUCCUCCGGCACCCCAAGACGACGGCUGAAAAGAAGGCAAUGAUGAAGCUUGCUGCCCAGAAUACAGGUGCCCUUAACAAUUGUGUGAACAGUCAUACAAGCGCUGAGCCUGGCAAAGACAUGGAGAAUCACAAAGAGAACCACGCUGAGGAUGGGAUGAAUAAAAAUGGAGAGAAACACCUAGGAAUUACAGACAAUGAUGAUUUUAUGACCAAUCCUGACCUGUCCAUCUGUGUUCCUAUUGCUGUGGGAGAGUCGGAUAUCGAGGAGGAAGAUGAGGAGCAGAGCACCUUUACGGAAAUGGAGCAG